UCCGGCGUUUGCCUUGUAGUCUUUGAGCUGGCGUCCCGCUGCUCACUUGUUCAGGGGUUCUUAGUCGCUUGGUGGGCACCGAGGAGACGGGACGGGAAGCGAGAGGAGAGGCGUUGGCCCCGCUGCCCAGUGGCGGCUGUGAGGCCCCCUGAACCCGUGGUUGACGGCAGUGCCCUCGGUCCGUCCUCGCUCUUCCCACGGCUGGCGACCGAAGCCGCGGCGAUGACGCCAGCUCAGGGCUUUGUGGUCUUUGAGGACGUGGCCAUAUAUUUCUCCCAGGAGGAGUGGGGACUUCUUGAUGAGGCUCAGAGACUCCUGUACUGUCAAGUGAUGCUGCAGAACAUUGCACUUUUGUCCUCCGUAGGUUGUCGGCAUGGCACCCAGGAUGAGGUGGCCCUUUCAGAGCAGCAUGAUGUGGCUGCAAGGUCACAGGUCAAGACUCCAAAGCCAGGCCCAUGCAUCCAGAAGCCUCACCUGUGUAAGACGUGCGGCCCACUCUUGAAAGACACUAUGUGCCUGUCUGGGCACGGUGGGACACAACCUGAGCAGGAGGUGUCCACAUGUGGGGAGAGUCCUUCCCAGCAUCCAAAGGAGCCAUGUCAAAGGAGACUCCCUGGAUGGGGUGAGGGGAAGACUUUCUGUGUGAAGAACGACAGUGCUCACGUGACAGAUCAGACCUGGCCUUGUCGGGUGAAAGGGCAGGAGUUCCUAGCCCGAUCCAGCAUUCUCCAGCACCAGGCCCCUCACACGGAAGGGAAACAGCACAGUGACAUGGAGGGAAGGGCAGCCUCUGAAAGUAGACAGAAUGAUGACAAGCGCAGUGAAUGUGGGAAGACGUUUAGCCAAGAACACGCACUUGUUGAGCACCAGAAAAACCUUUGCUGUGAAAGCGGGAAGACCUUAAUCAGAAGGUUCCACCUGGUUCAGCAGCAGAAAACCGACACUGAGACAAGAUUCUCUGAGCAGCUUGGAUGUGGAAGGUUCUCUGCACAAAGGUCUGGCAUCACUGCACACCAUACAGUUCACACUAGGUCAGUGCCUUAUGAGUGCAGCCAGUGUGGGAAGUGUGUUAAGGACAGCUUCACACUCAGUGUUCAUCAGCGAGUUCACACAGGAGAAAAGCCAUAUAAGUGCAGCGAAUGUGGAAAAUUCUUUAGGUACAGCUUCACACUCAAAAGACAUCAGGAAGUUCACAUUGGAGAAAAACCAUAUGAGUGCAGUGUGUGCAAGAAAUUUUUUGUAGACAGCUCCAGGCUCAUUAUUCAUCAGAAAGUUCACACUCGGGGAAGGCGUUUUGAAUGCAGCAAAUGUGGGAAAUUCUUUAGGUACCGCUUCACACUUGAGAGGCAUCAGAAAGUGCACAUUGGAGAAAGGCCUUAUGAGUGCAGCGUAUGUGGGAAACUCUUUAGGCAUAACUCAAAUCACAUUAGGCAUCGGAGAAAUCACACUGGAGAAAGACCUUAUGAGUGCAGUGUAUGUGGUAGACUCUUCAGUCAAAACUCCCACCUCAUUCGGCACCAAAACGUCCACACCAGAGAAAAAACUUACGAAUGUAGCAAAUGUGGGAAAUUCUUUAUGGACAGCUCCACCCUCAUUAUUCAUCAGAGAGUCCACACUGGAGAAAAGCCUUAUGAGUGCAGAGAAUGUGGGAAAGUCUUUAGGUACAACUCCAGCCUCAUUAAACAUCGGAGAGUUCACACUGGGGAAAGGCCUUAUGAAUGUGUCAGCUGUGGGAGAGGCUUUAGCCAAAACUCCCACCUCCUUCGACAUCAAGAAGUUCACACUAAAGAAUACUGCAAACAGGGGAAGACUUCAAAGCAAAGUCUGGUCUGAUUUAGCACUGGGAUGGACUGCUAUCUAGGUGUUUAAAAUUUUUUUAAUUGUGAAGUGUAUGUAACAGAAUUUACAGU